CCCUUGGUUUUUUUCCCUUUUCUCGUCGACCCUGCUGCGCUGCCCCCAUCUCCUUUCCUCUCGUCUCCGUCUCCGUCUCCGUCUCCAUCUCCUCCUCCGCCUUCCCCACGCCACGCCGCAUUCGCAUCUCCGGAUCCCCGCCGCCGCCCUCCCUCACCCUCACUCUGCGUCCCUCGCCAUUCCGGCCACCAGCCUCGAUCCCGCCCCGAUUGCCCGCGCCCCGAUUCGUCUCAGUCUCGCGUGGGUAGGAUAUGGCUUGGAGCGGGGGCUGCUCGCCCCGGCGCGGGUGAUCUCUCCUCGCGCGGGGAGCCCUCUCGCGCACCACGCGGAGGAUCCCGUCGCGGCUGGUGCGCCCUUCUCCCUCCUCCUCUGCGCGCGCGCCCGCGCGCGGCUCUAGGGUUUGCUCUCCUUCCUCGCUAGCGGAUUCGAUCUCCUUCCCUCCCCUCCCGCUGCUCUGCCAUCAUGUUCUCGCACGGCGCUGAUUCCGCCCACGACUCCGGAGGCGUCGGCGUCAGCACCGCCGGAGCCACCGUCCCGGCCCGCUUUGUUUGGCCCUAUGGUGGCAAGAGGGUCUUCGUAUCAGGCUCCUUCACCAGGUGGUCAGAGCAUUUGCAAAUGUCUCCUGUUGAAGGCUGCCCGACCGUAUUUCAGGCUAUUUGCAGCCUGUCUCCAGGAAUGCACCAGUACAAGUUCUUUGUGGACGGGGAGUGGCGGCACGAUGAGCGCCAACCUACUAUAUCAGGAGAGUAUGGCAUAGUUAACACUGUAUACUUGACAAGGGAAAUAAACUCAGUAUUGAGUCCAAGCACACCCGGAACCAGGAUGGAUGUGGAUAAUGAAAAUUUUCAACGUAUGGUUACGUUGACAGAUGGUAAUAUUCAGGACGGUACACCUAGAGUUUCAGAGGCUGCUAUACAAAUCUCUAGGUGCCGUGUUUCUGAGUAUCUGAGUUUGCAUACUGGCUAUGAUUUGCUUCCAGAUUCGGGCAAGGUUAUUGCUCUGGACAUUAAUUUACCUGUGAAGCAAUCUUUCCAUAUUCUGCAUGAACAGGGAAUUCCUGUAGCUCCUCUGUGGGACUCGUUCAGAGGUCAGUUUGUUGGCCUUCUGAGCCCAUUGGAUUUCAUACUCAUAUUGAAAGAGCUAGAAACUCAUGGCUCGAACUUGACAGAGGAGCAGCUUGAAACACACACCAUAUCUGCAUGGAAAGAGGCUAAGCGGCAAACUUAUGGAAGACAUGAUGGUCAGUGGCGAGCACAUCAGGCUCUAGUGCAUGCCACCCCUUAUGAGUCCUUGAGGGACAUUGCUCUAAAGAUACUGCAAAAUGGCAUUUCUACAGUGCCAGUUAUUUAUUCAUCAUCGUCAGAUGGAUCAUUCCCGCAGCUGUUGCAUCUCGCAUCCCUUUCUGGAAUUUUGAAAUGUAUUUGUAGAUAUUUCAAGAACUCAACUGGUAAUUUGCCUAUUCUAAACCAACCAGUAUGCACAAUUCCUCUGGGUUCCUGGGUUCCAAAAAUUGGUGAUCCAAACAGUCGUCCAUUGGCUAUGUUGCGGCCUCAUGCAUCACUUAGCUCUGCCCUUAACAUGCUGGUUCAAGCUGGUGUCAGCUCAAUACCAAUUGUGGAUGAAAAUGAUUCGCUGCUUGACACUUACUCGAGAAGUGACAUCACAGCUCUAGCAAAAGACAAGGUCUACACACAUGUUCGCUUGGAGGAGAUGACCAUUCAUCAGGCUUUGCAACUUGGACAAGAUGCCAAUACACCAUUUGGUUUUUUCAACGGGCAGAGGUGCCAGAUGUGCCUCCGGUCUGAUCCUUUGCUGAAAGUGAUGGAGCGACUGUCUAAUCCUGGGGUGCGGCGAGUGUUCAUUGUGGAAGCUGGCAGCAAACGUGUGGAAGGCAUAAUAUCACUGAGUGAUAUUUUCAAGUUCUUGCUAAGCUUGUGAGAAGAGCAUGGAUGUUUUGUUGUGACAAGUGCUGGAGUUUUAACAGUAGCAAACAGCAGGUGCGGAGCAAGCCGCCAUGCCCAUGCCAAGGACGAAUGGAUCUCUCUCUCUCACUAUCUCAGGCUGCCUCUAGCCUGUGGAUAAGUAUGGCGGGAUUUAAGGUGGCGGCUUGUCUUUGCAGAUAAUGGCCAUUCAGUUCAGGGUCUGUAAAGUUCCUUGUUUCUCUUUUUUUUUUUGUGCCCCUUGUUACACAAAAUAUCUGGUGAUUUUUAUUUAUUGGAUUGUUUUCUGUAUUGUUGGGUCGCUGGGAGACCAUGGCGUCCCCAGCCGCCAGCCAGACCCCAAGGAGGUAGCUCUUCAACUCCCAAAAACACUAGGUUGUAGCGUCGUGUUAUUGUUCCAUUCCAAUAGUCGUGUGCUGUGCUGCUGGGGACUAGGUGUGGUGGCAUCAAACACAAGAGUGAAUUUUACGGGGAUCCUGGGGACUGGGAAAUUGAUUUUGGAGCGUGUGUUGGUUUUUGGUGGACAAUCGUUAUAUCCGGGCAGCCUGGCAGCAAUGCAAUGCAGGCGACUCCCUUUGUUUGAUGAAUCAACCCAACCCUGUUGGGAUUCCUUUUGUCGAAUGCUGCAGAGUGGAAAUGUUCAAUUUUAUUUAUGAUCCUUGUGGUCCGCUGUUGCUGUCGGACGAGGUGGAUGGAGAAAAAUCUAGAGCGGAGUGGAUAGGAUAGGACCGGAUAGAUAAUCCACAUCCCUUCUUCUUCUCUUGUGUACAGAUACAGACGACGACUAGUGCUGCUGCAGUUGCGUUGCGUCAGAGAAAGAGAUUGAAGAAGAAGCCAUAGCAAUGGCGGCCGCCGCAGCAGCUGCAGCGAUUCCCGCUGCCGCCAUCAGCCGCCCCAAGCACCACCGCGUCUCGCUGUCGCUGGCUCCCAGUCCCAGGCUGCCUUGCCCUUCCCUCCGCUCGGGCUUCCUGGGGCGUGCGCUGGCCACCGACGUGCAGCCGGCGGCCGUUGUUGCGUCCCCGCGCCGCGGCGUGUCGGUGCGGAUGGCGUGGGACGGGCCGCUCUCCUCGGUGCGCCUCAUCGUGCAGGGCAGGAACGUCAAGGUGUCGGAGAAGGUGAAGGAGCACAUCGAGGACAAGGUCGGGCGGGCGGUGUCGAAGCACUGCCACCUGGUCCGCGAGGUGGACGUCCGGCUGUCGGCCCGCGGCGGCGACCUGGGCAGGGGCCCCAAGACCUCCCGCUGCGAGAUCACGCUCUUCAGCAAGCGCCACGGCGUCCUCCGCGCCGAGGAGGACGCCGACUCCACCUACGCCAGCAUCGACAUGGCCGCCUCCAUCAUCAAGCGCAAGCUCCGCAAGAUCAAGGAGAAGGAGACGGAGGUGCAGCGCCACAGCGCUUUCAAGGACGCCGACGACUGGGGCCUUGCCAUUAUUGCCGACGACGAGCACCACCAACAAGAACAAGACCUGACCCAGGCCGUGGGCGCCGAGGACGAGGACACGGUGCUCGCCAAGGUGGUGCGCACCAAGGUGUUCGAGAUGCCGCCGCUGGGCGUGGACGAGGCGCUGCAGCAGCUCCAGAACGUGGACCACGACUUCUACGCCUUCAGGAACGAGGACACAGGCGAGGUGAACAUCCUCUACAAGAGGAAGGAGGGCGGCUACGGACUCAUCAUCCCCAACCCCAAGGAGGGCGGCCAAGUCCGCAAGGAGAGCAUUGCCAUUGAUGCUGCACCAGCACCAGCACCAGCAGCAGAGCCCUCCUCCUACGCCGCCGCCGUGCGCCGGGGCGACAACAACUAGCCGCAUGCCAGCAGUUGCCUGCCAAACUCGAUCGUCGACCAUCCAAUUGCAAUGUUUCAUCCAUCUUGAUCACUUGUCACAUUUUCAACUCUGUACGCGACAUGCCUGCUAGUACCUUCCGUUCAGCAAUGAGAUGAGAUUGGCCUACCAA